UAGUAUAAUAGAAAAUCAACCCGAAUAGUCCUCCAUAUGUACUUGUUAUCAUGUCCGCCGGUGUAACUCCCGCCAGGUCCCUAUGGAAAAAGGUCCUCCUUGUCGGAGACUCUCUCACACAGUUUGGAUUUUCAAAGGAUGGUUCGUAUGCAGCGCUUUUAGCCGAUCACUUGCAAAGAAAAUGUGACGUCAUAACUCGCGGCUUUUCAGGUUACAAUACAAGAUGGUGUAGGGUUAUAUUACCCGAUAUUUUAAAAGAAUUCGACCCAGAAGAUAUUGCAUUUGCUACCAUAUUUCUUGGAGCCAACGAUUCUAACUUACCAGAGAACACAGUUCAACACGUCCCACUGCCUCGAUACAAACAGGAUUUAAAGGAUAUGGUUGAAAUGAUGAUGGAUUUUGGUAUUCCAAAGGACAAAAUUGUUUUGAUAGCUCCACCUGCCUGUGAUGAAAAGGCUUGGAAGAAAUUUUGCUUAGAUAACGAUAAGGUCUUUACAAAAUGCAACCUUACCGCGGGGAAGUAUGCAGAUGCCUGUUUAGAUGCGGCGAGAGAAUGCGGCACCAAGUCUGUAGAUUUCUACGGCAGCAUCAUGAAGCUUGAAAAUUGGCAGGAGACAUUGUCUGACGGCCUUCACCUUUCAAUGGUAGGAUCGCACCUGCUCUUCGACCUGUUGAAGCCAGUCGUGGACCAGCUAACCUCUGAGCUUCCCAUGAUUUAUCCGGACUGGAAAGAUGUGGAUGUUGACAACCUGGAAAACAGUCUAAAACCUUGAAUAUUGUAAUUAAAUAUCAUUAAAUAUUUUAUAAUUGUUUUAUAGAA